AUGGACCUUCCUGUUAUUAUGAUGUCUGUUGAUGAUAGGACAAAGACUGUCAUGAAGGGACUUAGACACGGUGCUUGUGAUUACUUUAUUAAGCCUGUAGGGUUGGAAGAACUAAGGAAUAUAUGGCAGCAUGUUGCCAGGAAAUUUUUGAAUGAAAACAAGGAAUUUGAUAAUUCUUGCAGCAUAGAUGAUAAUGACCGCAAUGCACGAGGGAACGAUGAUAAUGAUAAUGAUAAUACUUCUUCUGUUGCUGGUAUAACAGAAGGAUUAGCUAAAGAACAAAAAAAGAGGAGCAAUUUAAAAGACGAAGAUGUUGAGUUGGAGAAUGAUGAUCCAUCUACAUCUAAGAAGCCUCGUGUAGUGUGGUCUGUAGAACUGCAUCAACAAUUUGUCAGUGCUGUGAAUCAACUAGGGCUUGACAAGGCUGUGCCAAAGAGAAUCCUUGAAUUGAUGAAUGUCACUGGUCUGACAAGAGAAAAUGUUGCAAGUCAUUUGCAGAAAUUUAGACUUUAUUUAAAACGAUUAAGUGGAGUGGCACAGCAACAGAAUGGGAUACUAAACAGACUUCCUGGGACUAUAGAAUCCAAGCUAGCUGCUACUGGACGAUAUGACAUAGAAACUUUGGUAGCUUCUGGCCAUGUUUCCCCUGAAACACUUGCAGCCCUUCAUGCUGAGCUCUUCGUUACCCCGGUAACUAACAUAAUGCCUUCAGUGGACCAAACUGCACUAAUACAUGCAUCUGUUCACGGGCCAAAACAUUCUCGUGCUGAUGAUCCUACUGAAGCAUAUGGUCCGCCUCUUCUAAACUGCCCUUCCAACAGUGUCAAUAAUUUCUCUCUGUCCAUCUUUAAAGUAGAUGAUUCAUCAUCAGGAUAUGGAGCAUGGCCGCCAUCUAAUACGCUUAGUUCAAUCUCAAGGGGGAGGUUAGGCAUUCAGAAUAAUAGCAUGGUGAUUGAUAUAUUGCAGCACCAACAAAGACAUCGACAUCAGCAAAAACAACAGCAUUUUCCGAUUCAUGAUCAAAAUCGAUCAAUCAAUGUUCAACCAUCUUGCUUGGUGGUUCCUGCUUAA